AUGGCCAACUCCACCCUCACCGGCCACGUCCACCCAUCAGACCCAGACGGAGCCAAAGCCGCCGACGAGAUCAUCAUAUUGAUCCUUGGCGCUGUCGUCUUUGUGACUUUCGCGCUUGGCCUGGUGUCCCAGCUCUGCGAGACACCAAUCUUCUUCUCCCGACGAAGGCAGUACUGGGACGACGAAGACGGCGAGGACGAGUACCAGUAUUAUGGCCUCGACGAGUCCGAUGAGAUGAAUGCAAUGUCCGAUCUCGAGGCCGGCACCUGCACCGCCGCCCAACUGCCCCUCCGAUCGGCGACUCGGUACGGGAGCAUCACCCCGCAUAUCAUGGAUAUAAAUGGGGUCACGAAAAUGGUUCUCGUUGUUGAUGCCGCCACCCCGCCGACUGAAGGCGCACUUGAUGCUUACACUGAGUGGUUUGCGACGUGGCAGAGGCGCAUUGAUUCGUAUCGCGAGCAGCGGCUUUUGGAUGAGAGCGCUCCUUUGCUGGGGGAUUGGUCUUAA